UAUGGUGUUAUGACACUAGCUUCCUCGUUAAUAUAUAUAUAUUAAAAUAAGAAAUUAAACUUGUUUACAUUUUGUUUCAUGGCUAGAGCGUGUGGUAAAGCGAAUUAGAAUUCCAUUCCGAUUCGAAACAAUGUGUAAAGACGUAUUCCAUCUCUAUGCGACCAAGAGGGUCACAAUGCCGACGCUUCACAUGGAACUCCAGAACCCAAGAGAUAUGUCCAAAACUCUCAAAAAAUCUUCAGUUCUUGAUCGACAGACAACGAGAGAGACAGCAUUAUCAUGGCAAGCUUUUCAUUCAUCUUCCCCGAAGACAGACGUUGUUCCAUUAAGGACAACGAAGUCAAUUCAGGGUGGAUGUCAACGGUAAUCCAACUCAACACCCGUGGCGGUCCAGAGUCAGAGAGUCAGAACAUCCAUCAGUGCGUUGCAGAUGUACUUGGCGACCAGUACCACUACGCGAAUGCCAUUGACAGCUCUCUGCUCUGGACAGUUGGGUACACCCCCUACAUUCCCCCAGCUCUGAAAGGAAGAAGCUUCCCUUCUGUCGAGAGCUUCUUCCUGGAUGAGUGGGAGCCACUGACACUCCUGCAGACUCCUCAGGUUCUGUCCACCAGUGUUUCCAUCGAGGAAGACAACCUGAUCCAGUCUGCUGCAGGCCCAGUGUCUCAGGUUCUGUCCACCAGUGUUACCAUCGUGGAGAAUGACCUGAUCCAGUCUGCUGCAGGCCUAGUGUCUCCGGUUCUGUCCACCAGUGUUUCCAUCAUGGAGAAUGACCUGAUCCAGUCUGCUGCAGGCCUAGUGUCUCAGGUUCUGUCCAGCAGUGUUACCAUCGUGGAGAAUGACCUGAUCCAGUCUGCUGCAGGCCUAGUGUCUCGGGUUCUGUCCACCAGUGUUGUCAUCAUGGAGAAUGACCUGAUCCAGUCUGCUGCAGUCCUAGUGUCUCAGGUUCUGUCCACCAGUGUUGCCAUCGUGGAGAAUGACCUGAUCCAGUCUGCUGCAGGCCUAGUGUCUCAGGUUCUGUCCAGCAGUGUUACCAUCGUGGAGAAUGACCUGAUCCAGUCUGCUGCAGGCCUAGUGUCUCGGGUUCUGUCCACCAGUGUUGUCAUCGUGGAGAAUGACCUGAUCCAGUCUGCUGCAGGCCUAGUGUCUCAGGUUCUGUCCACCAGUGUUGUCAUCGUGGAGAAUGACCUGAUCCAGUCUGCUGCAGGCCUAGUGUCUCAGGUUCUGUCCACCAGUGUUUCCAUCGAGGAAGACAACCUGAUCCAGUCUGCUGCAGGCCCAGUGUCUCAGGUUCUGUCCACCAGUGUUACCAUCGUGGAGAAUGACCUGAUCCAGUCUGCUGCAGGCCUAGUGUCUCAGGUUCUGUCCAGCAGUGUUACCAUCGUGGAGAAUGACCUGAUCCAGUCUGCUGCAGGCCUAGUGUCUCAGGUUCUGUCCAGCAGUGUUACCAUCGAGGAAGACAACCUGAUCCAGUCUGCUGCAGGCCCAGUGUCUCAGGUUCUGUCCAGCAGUGACGCUAGAGUGAAGGAUCAUGAUGAUUCCACACUGAGAGACGCCAACCAACUUCAGCCUGGAGCACCCGGCUGA